AUGUUCUUGGCCGCACAGGAUAGGAUAAUAAAGGAAGUGGGCCACUUUCAAGAUGCAGUGCAGUCAGGCCAGUGUAGCACGGCCAAAGGUGAGCCGAAUCUAUCGUGGGUUGUUCUUUAUGCUGAGGGGCGCCCCGUUCUAUUCUGGAGGCCAUUGCGCAGCGUGCAACGUGCAACGAGCCGUUUGAUCAAGGCAUGUUUUUGUCUAGUAAACGUCUACAACGACGCGUGUGCUGUAUGGGCAAAGUUUGCAGAGCGUCGCCCGCAGUGUGGAUUGCCCCGAUAUGGGCCGACCGAGCAGUACCGUGUGUAG